AUGCUGAAAAAUCUUUCCAAAUGCAUUCGAUUCACAAGAAUUUUUGGAAUCGUGAGGAAUAAGUCAUCUUAUGCAUACUUUCCUUACGCUGAUAAUCCAGUUCAACAACUUGUCGAAAAUACCAAUGGUAAUCUUCCAAACGCCUUAAAAGAUCUAAAUGGUUAUGCCUUUCGAACAACUAUUCAAACAGAUAUGCCUCGAACAUUCUUGUAUUCUGACAAAAAUGGAAAUAAACAAAUUGGAGGCAGAGCUGGUCAAAUAUUUCUUCAAUUCUUGCAACGACACAAUGCAACUUUCAAAGAAAUAUCGUUCAACAAUUCAAAUGAACACUUUAUGGUAUUUGUUAUCAAUGCAACUAUUGAACACCAAAUCGAUAUAAGCAUGAAUACAAAUUUCAAACUAAACAAUCUUGAUAUCAGUUAUCCAAUUACAAUUCAGCAGAAUCUUAUAGUGGUACCUCGAAAUGGUUAUUUGGAUCCAUUUCAUUACUUUGAAAGACCAUUUCAAGGGAAAGUAUGGAUAUUAAUUGGACUUACUGUUUUAUAUUUGACAAUUUCUAAAAUUUGUCUCAACUAUUGGACAAAUUCAGAAUUAGAAAUUUGGACAAGUUUCAGUGACAUUUAUUUAACAUUGUUAAAUUCUGUUUCAGAAAGAACAAUAACUUCGAACUAUCGUUUUCACUUACAAGUUCUUAUUUUUGCAUUCUUCUUACAACGACUUUAUGGAGUUCACUUUCAAUCAUUUCUAACAGUUUUCAUCAAAGUUAAACAAUUCGAAACAAUUCAAGAUUUGGCUGAUAACAAGGUUCCUGUUUUGAUUCCACAAUUUGGAUGGGAAGAAAUGAAGACAAAUCAUCAUUAUCCCAAAGGAUUUGAUAGGAAGAAUUUAUUUCGCAAGAGUCAAGAAGUUCUUUUUAUAAGUCAUAUCGGAUAUAUGAUGGCAUUUAAUUCACCAUUUAAGGAAAUUUUAGAUGAUUUUAUAAUUGGAAUAAAAGAAACUGGUUUAAUUCAGAAGUGGGAUGCAGAUGUUAUUUAUCAAGCGAAGCAAACAAAUUGGAUUGGAUUGAAUUGGAAGACAAAUGAUGUAGAGGAGACUUCUAAUGAAGGUUCUAAUAAGCCAUUGACAAUAAAGCAUUUGAAAUCAGCUUGGGACAUUUUGAUUAAAUAA